CGGGUGGCUGGACGCCGCUUCGCGUUUACAAUCCGGCGCCAUCCGGCCCGGGGAGGUUCCUUGCCGAUGGCGACGUUGUGCGGACGCGUUCGGGGAUCGUUCGGCGAGCCAUCGGCGGCCCCGGAUCGGCCGGACGGGGAUGGCGGGCGAAAAAGCAAAGAAGAAGAAGCCCGACCCCAAGGUCAAGAAGAUCAAAAAACACCACUGCAGCCGGAACCCCGUGCUGGCCCGGGGGAUCGGCAGGUAUUCGCGGUCGGCGAUGUACAGCAGGAGGGCCCUGUACAAGCGCAAGUUCACCGCACCGAAGACGAAGAUAGAAAGGAAGAAGAAACCCCGUACAACGAUCAUGAAGCCAGUUGGUGGAGAUAAGAAUGGAGGAACCAGAGUGGUGAAAGUUCGCAAAAUGCCUAGGUAUUACCCGACUGAAGAUGUGCCUCGCAAGCUCUUGAGUCAUGGCAAGAAGCCCUUCUGCCAGCACACGAGGAAUCUGCGAUCCAGCAUCACUCCUGGAACGGUCCUCAUCAUUCUCACUGGCCGCCAUAGAGGCAAGCGGGUGGUUUUCCUGAAGCAGCUGGCUAGUGGCUUGCUUCUUGUGACGGGACCUCUGACCGUCAACCGGGUCCCGCUGCGUCGGGCUCACCAGAAAUUUGUUAUUGCCACCUCUACCAAGGUUGAUGUGUCUGGCGUAAAGCUUCCGAAGCAUCUCACUGAUGCUUACUUCAAGAAGAAGAGGCUGCGUAAACCAAAACAUCAAGAGGGGGAGAUUUUUGACACAGAGAAGGAGAAAUAUGAGGUUACUGAGCAACGCAAGGCAGACCAGAAGACCGUGGACACUCAGAUCUUGCAACGUAUCAAGAAGGUUCCUCAGCUCCAGGGCUACCUGCGCUCAAUGUUCUCACUAUCCAAUGGAGUUUAUCCUCACAAAUUGGUGUUCUAAAUGCCUUGCAAAGAACAUUAAACUUUGGAAAAAAGUGAA